AUGUCGCCCUACCCGCUUGCUGGCCAAGCCGGGCCCAGAUGGCUCACCCUCCUCCUUUCCCUCGCGGUGCUCCUCCCACUCUCCCUCGCGCAGUCGUCCAGCGCCAACGUCAACGUCCAGCCUUUCAACCUCACACUCUCCUCUCAAUCACCCACGCUCUUCUACUACCCCAACUUCACCGGCUCCGGUCUAUCCUCAUGGAAUGUCUCUUACUCGGACUCCAGCUGGUCCACUUGGUCCCCUUCGUCCCUAAACAACGGCGUCGGGAGCUCCGUACACUGGUCCAACCUCUCGGAUUCGAGCGUCACGUUCAGCUUUUACGGGACCGCGGCGUACAUCUAUGGAAAGGUGUAUGGGGGCGCGACGUACUUGACGGUAGAUGGGGUGACGGUACAGACGUCGGAGAAUGGCGAGUCGACGACGAUGGGGAUGGAAUCGGAGACUAGCGCGAGCCCGACAGCUACGAGCGCGGUGCCUGGUCCAGUGGCGUCUGGUACGCCGAGGAUGGAUACGAGACCGCUACUGGCGAAAGUGGAGGGGAUGGGGGCGGUUUGGCAUACGGUGUCUGUCAAGUUUCAAGGGAGGGGCGGGUGGGAGAUUAUGGGCGUCACGAUGACUAUGCCAGUGGGCGCGAGGGGAUCUACGAUAGUCAACAGUACUCUCAUCAGUACGACCGACCUGGUCCUGAACAAGGACUUUGACUUUUCUGAUUCAGGAUGGGCUGCGCGGCAGACUCCUGGGAAUUCGUCCGAUACCGAGGCCUACACUUCCACCUCCAACGCGUCCUACUCCGUUUCCGUACCAAGCAACACCUCCCUCGUCCUCAUCUACGGCUCCGUCACGCCGCUCGACGCACGCUACUCUGUCUCGCUUCUCGCAGAGGACGACCUCGCGCUCACCCAGGGUCAACGAUACGCGGAAUACCGUUCCCUCACACCCUGGGCGGAACCAGAGCGGGUACUGUACUAUGCGAGCGUCAAGCCCGGGAAGAAUUACAGGGUCAAAGUGGAACUAAUCGGGAAUGCGGGAGGGAUGGGGAUGGCGGUCGAUGAGGUGGUGUUUGUCAGUGCGACGGGCAACCCAUCGGCAAAUACGACGUGGGAUGGGCUGAACCCCGUGGACCCGAGCAACUCUGGACCGAGCAAUUCUGCGGAUGUCAAUCAACUCAGUGCGGGGCAGAAGGGCGGCGCGAUAGCUGGUGGUGUGAUCGGCUUUCUAUUACUGUCUGCUCUGAUAGUGUGGCUUAUACUGCAUUUAAGGAGACGUAAGGCGCGUCAGGCUGGUAUGGCUUCGGACGAGAGGAGCCAAGAGGGCUCCUCCCCGGAGAAAGAGGUCACUCCGUUCGAUAUCGAUGGCCCCAUCGAGGGCGGCAGCACGACACCUAGGCCCCUCCCUGUCCUUAGCAAGCUGCGCACAGAGAGUCAGGCUGUCGGUGCCGGAGAUGGGACCAGCGUGCACUCCCCUGUUUCGUAUCGAGGCGGAUCGGAUGCCUCGUCUCCCGUAUACGCCAGCUCAAGCCAGCAUGCCCCCACCUCCCUCACUUACAGUCGCGGCCUGCCAUCACUUGCUCCGCCUCUGCCCGCCUCGUAUCCCUGCUCCGGCUCAUCAUCGCCAAUCACGCCUACCGCGACCGCCCCAGAUCCAGCUCUGCAGAUCAAGCACGAUAUUCUGGCGGAGUUUGGGCAGUCUCAUUCGGGCCGAGAAGGCGAGGAGGGAGGCGCGGCGGGUAUGCCGAGUCCGGAUGGAAGGGCGAGGCUGGAGAUGGAUGCUGGGAGGGUCAUCGAGAGGGAUAGGGAGGAGGUGUUGCCGCCGAAUUAUGAUCCUGCUUGGAAGGACUCGUAG